GUGUGUGUGUGUGUGUGUGUGCUGGUGGGCGGAGCCUGUAGCAGCAGAAGGCUCAUUGUCUGAGGAGGCAGAGGGAGAGAGAGGGAGAGAGAGGGAGGAGGGAGGGCCGAGCGAGCUAGACAAAGACUGCAGCUGUGGGAGAGAGAGAGAGAGAGAGAGACAAAGAGGAGGGAGGCCGACUCUCUCUUUCUUUCUUUAUGUGGGGGAGGAGAGGGGGAGGAUUAACCGGCUUAUCUGCGACACGCGCUCACAUACAACACACACACAUCUCAUAUAAACACACACACACAGCGACACAGCAUCAGAGCUUCAUCUGGAUCAGCAUCAUCAUCAUCAGCAUCAUCAGCAUCAUCAGCAGCAGCGGCGGCGGCGGCGGCGAGAGACAAAGACACACACAGACAGACAGAGAGAGAGACGGGAGGUGAAGGGAGACGAUCUUCACCGUCUGACGAGAGACAGACAGACAGACAGGAGGAGAGAGAGAGAGACAGGCCUUCACCAACUCCACCGCCUGUCUGUGUUCAGCGUGUGAUGGCCGACCACAUGUUCCUGCUGCUGUGUGUCUGCUGAGCGUGUGUGUGUUGUUGUAGGUGGGUGUGUUCGCUGUGUGUGUUCGCUGCGUGUGUUCAGUGUGUGUGUGAUGGGGAACGCAGAGAGCAUGGAGAGCCAGCUGGCGGUGAUCCGGUCCAGAGCCGCCCCGGUUCGACUCCCGAUGCCCGACCCGGCCGAGCUGGAGGAGAGGUUCUCCAUCGCACUGAAUUCGAUGAACCUGCCUCCUGACAAGGUGCGUCUGCUGCGUUCCUAUGACAACGAGAAGAAGUGGGAGCUGAUCUGUGACCAGGAGAGGUUUCAGGUGAAGAACCCUCCACACACCUACAUCCAGAAACUGAGAGGCUUCCUCGACCCGGCCGUCACACGCAAGAAGUUCAGAAGACGAGUUCAGGAGUCGACUCAGAUGCUCAGAGAGCUUGAGAUUUCUCUUCGCACAAACCAUAUCGGGUGGGUCAGAGAGUUUCUGAAUGAGGAGAAUCGCGGUCUGGAUGUUCUGGUCGAGUAUUUGUCCUUUGCUCAGUACGCCGUCACGUUUGAUGGUGAGCAGUCGGAUGCCGGAGGUGAGGUUUCGUCCAUAGACUCACCCUGGAGUCGGUCCAUAGAGGAUCUCCAUGGCGACUGCAGCCUCCCCUCCCCAUCCUCCUCUGUACCCCGAGCAGCUCGACACUCCAUCAGUUCGACUCUGGUGACUCGGUCCAACACUCUGCCGAGUCGUCGAACUCUGAAGAAUUCACGACUCGUCUGUAAGAAAGACGACGUUCACGUUUGCGUCAUGUGUCUGAGAGCUAUCAUGAACUAUCAGUACGGAUUCAACAUGGUGAUGUCUCAUCCUCACGCUGUCAAUGAAAUCGCCCUCAGCCUCAACAACAGGAACCCCAGGACAAAGGCUCUGGUGUUGGAGUUGUUGGCGGCGGUGUGUUUGGUCAGAGGAGGACAUGAGAUCAUCCUGUCGGCCUUCGACAAUUUCAAAACCGUGUGUUCAGAGUCGAUGCGUUUUGAGAAGUUGAUGGAACAUUUUAAGAACGAAGACGACAACAUCGACUUUUUGGUGGCCUGUAUGCAGUUCAUAAACAUCGUGGUUCACUCGGUGGAGGACAUGAACUUCAGAGUCCAUCUGCAGUACGACUUCACUAAACUCAACCUGGACGAACACCUGGAGAGGCUGAAGCACACAGAGAGCGACAGGCUACAGGUUCAGAUUCAGGCGUACCUCGACAACGUGUUUGAUGUCGGGACGUUGCUGGAGGACGCUGAGACCAAAACUGCUGCUCUGGAACGAGUCGAGGAGCUGGAGGAGAGCCUGGGAACGAUGUCAGAGCGUCUGUUGGACGUGGAGAACGAAGCGAUGCUGAAGAUCGUCGAACUCGAGAAACAGCUGAUGCAAACCAACAAGGAACUGGACCACAUCCGGGAUGUGUAUGCGAGCACUAACUCUCAGGUGCACACCUUGCGGCGGAUGGUUCGGGAGAAGGACCAAACAAUCCGGCGUCAAAGUCGUCUGGAGCGUCAGGCUCAGGAGGCCCAGCAGGCCGGAGGACCCGGAGCUCCUCAACCCCAGAGAGGAGAGGGAGACGGGGGGGUAGCUGACUCCGCCUCCCCCUCACCUCCACCCUGUCCUAACCUGUCCCCCAGUCCUGAAACCGUAGCCUAUCACAGCAUGGGACCAGGGAUAGGCGGAGCUCCGGGGAUGCCAGCCCCACCCCCUCCCCCUCCUCCACCACUGCCAGACACAGUGUCCAAUGGGUCGUACCCUGCACCUCCUCCCCCUGCUCCCCCUCCUCCCCCUCCUCCGCCUCCUCCCCCCUGUCGGACCAGCGAGCUCUCAUCCUCCGUGCCCAUGCCCCCCCCUCCUCCCCCUGUGGCCCCCCCUCUCCCGGGGUCGGGGGGGUCGCCCACAGUCAUCUUUAACUCAGGACUCGCAGAGGGUCCUCUCAAGUUAUUCUCGGUGAAGAUAAAGAAGCCGAUCCAGACGAAGUUCAGGAUGCCGGUGUUGAACUGGGUCGCCCUGAAGCCAAGUCAGAUCAACGGGACCGUCUUCAACGACAUAGACGACGAGUCCAUCCUGCAGGACCUGGAUGUGGAGGGGUUUGAGGAGCUGUUCAAGACGAAGGCUCAGGGUCCGGCGGUGGACUUGACCCUGUCCAGACAGAAACUUCCUCAGAAAGCUCCAUCCAAGGUUUCUCUGCUGGAGGCCAACAGAGCCAAAAACCUGGCCAUCACUCUGAGGAAGGCCGGCCAGGGGCCAGAGGUCAUUUGUCGGGCCAUCCACACCUUUGACCUGCGGACGGUUCGGGUCGAUUUUGUGGAGUGUCUGAUGCGUUUCCUGCCAACGGAGGCCGAGGUGAAGCUUCUACGGCAAUACGAGAGGGACAGAAAACCUCUGGAGGCUCUGAGCGACGAAGACCGGUUCAUGAUGCAGUUCAGUCGCAUUGAAAGACUCAAUCAGCGCAUGUCGAUCAUGACCUUCAUGGGCAACUUCACUGACAACGUCCAGAUGUUAACUCCGCAACUCCACGCUAUGAUCGCUGCUUCAGUUUCUAUAAAAUCGUCUCAGAAGCUCAAGAAGAUCCUCGAGAUCAUCUUGGCUCUGGGGAACUACAUGAACAGCAGUAAGCGAGGAGCUGUGUACGGAUUCAAACUGCAGAGUUUAGACCUGCUGCUGGACACGAAGUCGACGGACAGGAAACAGACAUUGCUUCAUUACAUCUCCAACGUGGUGAGAGAGAAAUAUCCUGCAGUGUCUCUGUUUUACAAUGAGCUUCACUAUGUCGACAAGGCCGCCGCAGUGAGUCUGGAGAACGUGCUGUGUGAUGUGAAGGAGCUGCAGCGUGGCAUGGAGCUCACCUGGAGAGAGUUCAGUGUUCAACACAACGCCAUGCUCAAAGACUUCAUCAGCAGGCACGAGUCCCGACUCAGCAAACUGCAGGAGGACGCACGCAUCGCUCAGGAUGCGUUUGAAGACGUGGUGAAAUUUUUCGGGGAGAGCUCCAAGACAAUGCCGCCGUCCGUCUUCUUCCCCAUCUUCGUUCGUUUCAUUAAAGCGUACAGGCUGGCGGAGGAGGAGAACGAGCAGAGGAGGCGUCAAGAGCAGAUGUUACUGGAGAAACUGGAGCAGGAGGAGCAGCAGGAGGAGGAGGAGACCAAGUCUCCGUCCCACAGGGGGAAGCGGCAGCAGCAGGAGCUGAUCACUGAGCUCAGACGACGGCAAGGAAAAGACAGCCGCCAUGUCUACGAAGGGAAGGACGGAGCCAUAGAGGACAUCAUCACAGCUCUGAAGACCGUCCCCUUCACGGCCCGAUCGGCCAAACGCAGCUCUCGAUUCUUCUGUGACCCCGCCCACUCCGAGGAGCACUACUAAGAGAGAUCGAGAGAGACAUUACAUCAGAGAGAGAGCUCUUAUACAUCAGCAUGUUUGAGGAUGAUGACACGUCGCCUUCAGAUGGCCACACCCACUUCUAAUCACUGGGACCAAUUAGCACUUUGAACAUUUCUGAUCAAUCGAUCAACUGAUGAGCUGAUGACAUCAUGUUUUGUAUGUUAUUUUAUUGGUCAGUUUGUGCACAGACCAGGUGCCCAGACAUCACCUGACCUCUGACCUCUGACCUUUUGGUUUUCGUUUUCACAUCUGCUGCCUGUUCCUUAUUCCAGAAGUCGGUUUAUGUAGUCCGGCCUGACUGCUGUCAAACCAAACUCCAUUCAAAAAUUUGGCAACUUAAAGUGUCUCGACUGACGAAAGUCCACAGCUGGUGGAGCAGCACGCUCUACAACAACUAACCUCCGCGUUUCGGAUCUGAUGCCAACGGUUACAAAAGACAACAACAGGCUGAUCUGGGGUCAGUCUGGUUCCACAGAGAUUGAACAAUCUCAAGACAAGAAACACUCAGUAGCUAAUCUUGAGCUUUUGAUCACAUCACAUGGUCUUCCUCAACAGAUGGAGAUGCCCAGUUGAAUUGUAGCUGGUAUUGUUAAUAUGACAUGUUUGACAUGGACGCACAAACACUUCUUUAACAAUAGCUAAAGAUCCCGACUGAGUCGGAUCAUGUGAAGACUAAAAACGUUAAAGAAAGUUCUGGGUCAGUUCAGUGAGGAAACCUUUUUUAAGUUAACCGUAAACGUCAAAAGGUUUUUAGAAACGUUCUGAAACACUUCCUGCGUCAGUGGUCAGCAGGUUUCAAAGUGCCAGCCACUAUUAAAAACCAGAUCCAAAGUCCUGGUUUGAGAUCAGCAGGUCUGUGGUUCUUCUGGGUUCCUUCGGUCAGUGUCUUAUACUGGAUCUUGUACAGGGUUCUACUCCUUCCACUACGUUGUGUUCUACUGUGUUCUUCUGUAUUUACUAGCCUUACCAGAGCCGGGGAUAAACAGAGUCUGGCACCUUUCUAAAGGGUUCGGGUUACCCUUCCAUUAAGUUACAUUACAACAGGAAACAGUGUUAGCAAGAAGCAUUAGCAUUCACAAAAAAGUGUCAAAUUGGACGUUAGAGCCAAAAUCCUUGCCAAACUCUGGUUAUCUGUGCCUCUGGCUGUCCCCAGUCACCUUCCUCAACCCGACCCUUCCUUUCACUGCAUGUCCUCUUUAGUCCUGCUGUUAGCGUGUUAGCUAGCACCAGAGCCACACCAGCAGAAGCAUCGACUUUAGCCUCAAACAUGUUUUAUCCAGUAACACAAUGUAAGUAUGUGAAUGCAGAAGCUACAAAUGUGUUAUUAUUUAAAAAUGUGCCACCUGAAGGUCAUGACUCAGGUGUGAGCUGCAGUUCGAAGCGCCGUGGUGAGGGGGCGCUGCAGCAGACAACAGAACAAGGAAACUCUUGAUUAGUUUGCUCUUUCAUAACUGUGAUGGCCAGCUGGUUUGACCAGUUUGUCUCCACGCAGCCGUGAGUCUGCACUGAUUAAACUGGAUGAUUUACUUACAUGUUUCAGGUGAAGAGAAGAUAAAUGAUUUAAUGAUGAAACUGUGGAGGCCAACUUCAGCCUUCAGUCUGUAACAUGAUGGAGUGAACAGGAGGUCAGUCUGCUGGUGAGGCUCUGGUCGGGACACACCUGGACGGACAUAAAGAGACAUGGACACACCUGUAAAAACAUGGAAAAAUCUGGGAAGCCUGGACAGACCUGGACCAACGAGGACAAACCUGGAUGGACAAUGUAAAAAUGUGACCUGACCUGGACAGAUCGGCACAGACCUGUAGUGUUGUCCUGCAGUGUUUCUGGGGUCCCUGUUGGCCUGUGGAGAGUCCAGCCUCAAACUAAAGAAAGUCACUGACGUGUCCGGUCCCAGUAGUCCCGCAUCCCCACCCUCUCUACCCGCCUCUUCAUUUCAGACCUUAAACCAUCAUUUCAAGUCAAAACAAGACGAAAAAAGUGAAACAGCACAAAGUUUUCUACGUGUACAUACAUUUUCUAGAAAGCUGUGUAGCGUUGCUCGUACUCUCUUCAGUGUUUGUUGGUUGUUGGUGGUGAUUCUGCACUUGCUGGUGUAAAUAAAACACACCCUGUCUACAUGA